CAUAAUUUUUACUCACAUUUUUUAUUGUGAAAUAUAACAAAACUCUAGGAAUGAACCCAAUAUGUGUAUGUACAUUUAUCCAAAUUAUUAUAAAGCUCAGACCUGUGAAACCACUACUCAGGUUCAGAAAUAGGUCCUCCAGAAUCCCCCGCAAUCACAACCUGUUUUAUUUCUCUUAGGAGGUCUCAUGGUGUUUACUUCCUAGUAUUGCUUUAUAGCUUGACCAAUAUGUCUGUAUCCUUAAACAGUAUAGAUUAGUGAUGACUGUUUUGAACUCUGUAUCGAUAGAUUCACAUUCUAUGUGGUUUUUUUCACUCGAUACUUUUAUUGGUGAGAUUGACCAUGUGGUUGGGUAGAGCUGUAGUUCCCUCAUUCCCCUCAUUUCCAUUGUUGUGUAAUAAUAUUCCAUUGUGUGACUCUCCCACAAUACAUCCUGCUGCUGAUGGGUAUGUGGGCUGUUUCCAGUUUGGGGCAAUUCGGAAUAUUGCAGCCAUGAGCACUCUUCUAUGAGUGUCCUGCUGCACAAAUGUAUAUGUUUCUAUAGGAUGUAUAUUCAGCUGUGCAAUUGCUGGUUAUUAGGGAAUGUUCGACUUCAGUAGUUUCACCAAACUGUUUUGCAAAUGGGAAACUUGCCCUCCACCAGCAGUGCUCAUGUUUUUCACAUCUUUGCCAACGCCUGGCAUCUUUAGAUUUGCGGAGAUGACUGAUGGGUGGGUAGCUACAACCCCCUUCAUCUGUGAAAUCACUGAAAUUUAAAUCAAUCAUUUGAUAAAUCUCUUUUUGAUUAUACAUAAUGCAGAAUGAUUCUAGGAUAUGUCAGUUUAAUAUAUUUUUCAUAAGCAGGGGCUGCUGUAGCGUGGGCAGCCAAGCUGAGUGGCUGGAAGUAUGGCCAAAAAGGCAGGGGUGGGAUCCCAGUAUGACCACCCUCUAGCCCUUCUUGGUGUAGACUCGGCCUCUGGCUUGAUCUGAGCCAGGCUGGCGUUUCCCAAAGACAACCUCUACAUUGUGUGGAGAAGUGAGGAGUGGGACAGCUGAACCAGACCCCAUCCUGUCUGCAGCUCAGAGCCCGGCAAUGCCGUUUGGGUGUGUGACUCUGGGCGACAAGAAGAACUAUAACCAGCCAUCGGAGGUGACUGACAGAUAUGAUUUGGGACAGGUCAUCAAGACUGAGGAGUUCUGUGAGAUCUUCCGGGCCAAGGACAAGACGACAGGCAAGCUGCACACCUGCAAGAAGUUCCAGAAGCGGGAUGGCCGCAAGGUGCGGAAGGCAGCAAAGAACGAGAUAGGCAUCCUCAAGAUGGUGAAGCAUCCGAACAUCCUGCAAUUGGUGGAUGUGUUUGUGACUCGCAAGGAGUACUUUAUCUUCCUGGAGCUGGCCACGGGGAGGGAGGUGUUUGACUGGAUCCUGGACCAGGGCUACUACUCAGAGCGAGACACGAGCAACGUGGUGCGGCAGGUCCUGGAGGCGGUGGCCUACCUGCACUCACUCAAGAUCGUGCACAGGAACCUCAAGCUGGAGAACCUGGUUUACUACAACAGACUGAAGAACUCAAAGAUCGUCAUCAGCGACUUUCACCUGGCUAAGCUAGAGAAUGGCCUCAUCAAGGAGCCCUGUGGAACCCCCGAAUACCUGGCCCCAGAGGUGGUAGGCCGGCAGCGGUAUGGACGCCCUGUGGACUGCUGGGCCAUUGGAGUCAUCAUGUACAUCCUGCUUUCAGGGAAUCCACCUUUCUAUGAGGAGGUAGAGGAAGAUGACUAUGAGAACCACGACAAGAAUCUCUUCCGCAAAAUCCUGGCUGGCGAUUAUGAGUUUGACUCUCCAUACUGGGAUGACAUUUCACAGGCAGCCAAAGACCUGGUCACAAGGCUGAUGGAGGUGGAGCAAGACCAGCGGAUCACUGCAGAAGAGGCCAUCUCCCAUGAGUGGAUUUCUGGCAAUGCUGCUUCUGAUAAGAACAUUAAGGAUGGUGUCUGUGCCCAGAUUGAAAAGAACUUUGCCAGAGCUAAGUGGAAGAAAGCUGUCCGAGUGACCACCCUUAUGAAACGGCUCAGGGCCCCAGAGCAGUCCGGCACGGCUGCAGCCCAGUCUGCUCCAGGCACAGAUACUGCCACCCCUGGGGCUGCAGGCGGGGCCACGGCUGCAAGUGCAGCUGCCUCAGCCCUUGGGGGCAGUGCCACCCCAGCCACAGCAGGUGAUGCUACAAAGAGUGAGAACGUGGCCCCCGCCGACCGUAGUGCCACCCCAGCCACAGAUGGCAGUACCACCCCAGCCACUGAUGGGAGCGUCACCCCAGCCACUGAUGGGAGCAUCACCCCAGCCACCGAUGGGAGCGUCACCCCAGCCACCGACAGAAGUGUUACUCCAGCCACCGAUGGGAGAGCCACACCAGCCGUGGAAGAGAGCACCGUGCCCACCACCCAAAGUAGUGCCACACCGGCUGCCAAGGCUGUUGCCACCCCUGAGCCGGCUUUGGCCCAGCCGGACAGCACAGCCCCAGGGGGCGCAACAGGCCAGGCUCUACCCUCUAGUAAAGGGGAAGAGGCUGCUGGCUGUGCCCAGGAGUCUCGGAGGGGGGAGACCAGCUGAGGGGGCAGGCUGUGGGGGGCGGGGGAUGGGCAGGAGGGUGGGAGAGUGGAUGAGGGGCUUCUCACUGUACAUAGAGUCACUGGCAUGAUGCCCUCGCUCCCCCCGCCCCUGCCUCCCAGCAUGGGGCAUGUUUGGGGGCCACAGGAGACCAGUCUCAUCUCCUGUGUGUAUGUGCGUGAGUGAUGGGCAGGCCAGAGGCGGGACCAGCCCUAGCCCCUGCAUGGAUUCCUUGUGGCUUUUUCUGUCUUUUGCUAGCUUCAUCAGUUUCUGUUUCUUGUGGGAUGCUGCUCUAGGGAUACUCAGGAGGUCCCUGCUCCCCUGCCCCCCUCCCCUCUCUGCCUCACAGUUCCCCCCCACCCAGGCAGGCCCUGAAGGUCCCAUCCUCUCCCAGGCCCUAAAUUGGGUGGCCUUGCCCUGAGAGCUGGUCCUCCAGCGAGGCCCUGUCAGCGGUCUUAGGCUCCUGCACAUGAAGGUAUGUGCCUGUGGUGUGUGGGCUGCUCUAGGAGUGGAAACAGGCUGGUUAGAGAAGGCUGUAAUCUCGGGCAGAAUGCUUUAAGACAAGACUGGCCACAUGGCCGGGGGCGCUGCUUGGUAGCCAUGGGGUUCCUCAGAAGUGAAUGAGAAUGAGUUGGAGGGUAGAAGCUCCCACCUCUGUCCCUGGGACGUUUCUCCUAAGACCCUUGCGCUGUUUCUUUCCUGCCCCCCUGGGUCCUGCAGUGGGCUGCCCUGUGCCCUGCGCUUCAGGAGCCUGCAAGGGGAAGGAGGAGCAGUUAGGAUGUGGCGAUGAGAUCUGGGAGGGCGGAGUGCACAUCCAGGACCUAGUGUACCAGCCUAGCUGGGUCCUUACCCUGGGCCGAACAAGGACAGCUGCCGCUGGCUCUUCCCAGAUGGGCUCCUUAGGCUCAGUCCACAGUCCUCUCCAUCCCAGGCAGCGGGCCUGCUGCCUGGCAGUGUCCCAUAGUCUGAUUUGGGGGUUUGCCCUUCACGGGGCCAGAUUUUCUGCUCUCUAAAUUCAACAGUGAAAUAGACAGGAACACUCUCUAUGUUUAUGACCCACUUCCCCUUCUAUCAAGGCUUAGAGAGAGGCCCAGGUGUCUCUGGGCCAUGCUGAGUUGCUUUUGCUGGAAUGAGGGAGUGAAUAAAGCUCCCCAGUUUCCUAAUGGAGGCUCCUGGCAGGUGCCCUUUGUCAGACCCUACUAGAGCCUGGGCAGGCAGCCACACUGGUCCCAGCCCUCGCUUGGCACUCGGGGGUAGUCCUGCCCUUCUCCCUGCAUGCCUGUGGGUCUGCUCUGGUGUAUGAAGGUCGGUGGGCUGUGUACCUGCUGAACCUGGCAAAUAAAUGUCACUCUGCCAAAGCCUCUGGCCA